AUGAAUACAAAAGAGUUGAAUGUAUCAUCAACAUUUUAUGUUAGCAAUCAACAAAUUGUCGUCACUUGGUCUUCUAUAUCUUCGUCAUGUAAUGAUGAUUUUAUUGGCAUUUACUUUAUCGACAUUCCACUUCUUACAGGUGCAUGCGGCUACUUUGAUUAUGAAUUCAUUCAGACAAAUCAAACAAGUAUGUCAUGGCAAAUGAUUAAUUUGCGUCGUCCACUCGAAUUUCGAUAUUAUUCACGCGAGAACAAUUGUUCAGGAAAUUAUUCCUUUGUUGCAAAAUCUUUGAUUGUUCAACCGUUCAAUUACAAUGCACCAGAACAAAUUCAUUUGGCUUAUGGUGAUAGAAUCGAUCAAAUAUUUGUUUCAUUUGUAACAAAUUCUUCUGAGUACAUACCUGAAUGUCAAUAUGGUUUAGAUCCAUCAUUGCUUCAAUGGCAUGUUCGAGGAACGACGAUCACUUAUAAAGCAUCGGACAUGUGCGAAGGUCAAGCAAAUAUUCCGGGUCCACAAACAUUUAUUGAUCCUGGCUAUAUGCAUACGAUUAUUCUUGAAAAUAUUCGUUCAUCAACUACAUAUUUCUAUCGAGUAGGAACUGAUCAACAUGGUUGGUCAUCAGUGCGCUCAUUUACCAAUCGUCCGGCCGAUGAUGCUAAUGCAACAGCGUCACUUAUCGCUUAUGGAGAUAUGGGUGUGGCACCUGUUCAACCUGGUGCCAAAUCGACCAUGGAUCGAGUUCGAGCACAAGUAAUGACUAGUAAUAUCACAUGUGUUUUACAUAUUGGUGAUAUUAGUUAUGCACGAGGUAUUGGUGCACUUUGGGAUGCUUUUAUGACUCAAAUCGAUGCAAUUGCAUCUCAUGUACCGUAUAUGGUUGGAAUCGGAAAUCAUGAAUACGAUCAUGUCACAGGAGGAGAUAAGGAUCCUAGCGGAGCACCAGGUCCUGGAGGAUUUCGACCAUCAUGGGGCAACUAUGGUUAUGAUUCUGGUGGUGAAUGUGCUGUUCCAAUGGUACGUCGUUUUCAAUCACCAUCCAAUGGCAAUGGUCUCUUCUGGUAUAGUUUCGAUGUGGGUCCUGUUCAUAUUGUUUAUUACUCCACGGAACAUGAUUUUCUUCCUUCAUCAUCACAACAUGCUUGGCUUGAACGUGAUCUUAAUUCUGUCAAUCGUUCCCGUACACCAUGGCUAAUUGUUGGAUCACAUCGACCAAUGUAUUCAUCAAUAGUACGCGAUGUUGGUGAUCCAAUAAAAGCCAUGUUACAACUAUCUCUAGAACCGAUGUUUUAUAAGUAUCAUGUCGAUAUUAAUCUUUUUGCACAUAUACAUUCUUACGAACGAUCAUGUCCAAUGUAUCAAGAAAAAUGUGUCGACCAAGGAAUUAUACAUGUAUUAAUUGGAAUGGCCGGACACAAUUUGGAUUUCGAUACGUAUACAGGAGCAAAAUGGAGUUUGUAUCAUGAUCAGCAGUUUGGUUAUACUCAAAUUUGGGCGAAUAGAACUUAUUUACGUUUCUCUUAUCAUCAAAAUGUAGACGAUGCAAUAGUUGAUGAGUUUGAGCUGACAAAAUGA